AUGGAUGCGGCUGUGGGCGAUGGGGUAGACGUCAUAUCCAUCUCCUUGGGCUCCGACAAUGUCCCUUUGUAUGAAGACCCAGUUGCCAUAGCUUCUUUCGGAGCCAUGGAGAAGGGUGUGUUUGUCUCUUCCUCUGCAGGGAACCGUGGCCCUUUGCCCGGGAGUCUUCACAAUGGGUUCUCGUGGGUGUUGACCGUUGGUGCAGGGUCAGUCGGCCGUUCUUUUGGCGGGACCUUGACCUUGGGGAAUGGAGAGACAAUCCGUGGGUGGACAUUGUUCCCCGAACAGGGCCCGAUGACCAAAUUGCCCUUCAUCUACAAUAAAACACUCUCUCGUUGUGACUCGAGCGCCGACUUAUCCGCGGCGGCCGCGGGAGGGAUAGUCAUUUGCGAGAAAGGGUACGUGUUUGAUCAUCAAAUUUCCAAUGUCUCAUAUUCGAAUGCUUCGGGUGCCAUUAUCAUAUCCGAUGAUCCCAAUACAUUUGAGUACACAAAAUAUUAUGCUAGCCCCAUCGUUGUGAUAAGCUCCGGGCAAGCACAUGCCUUGAUUAAUUACGCCACAAAAGGUGUGAAUCCGGUCGCCAGCAUCCAUUUUCAACAGACGUUUCUGGGGACAAAACCUUCCCCAGUCGCGGCCACAUAUACCUCUAGAGGUCCCUCCCAAAGCUAUCCGGACAUCUUAAAGCCGGACCUCAUGGCCCCAGGGUCGUUGGUGUUAGCAUCUUGGGUGCCAAAUCAGAGUGUUGCAGCACUUCUAAAAGGCGCGCAUCCCGAUUGGAGCCCCGCGGCUAUACGCUCGGUCAUGAUGACAACAGCUAACCCACGAGACAUCACUGGGAAUAGAAUACGGGAUGAGUUCGUCGCUAACGAGCUUGCCAGCCUGCUUGCCAUGGGGGCAGGGCAAGUCGACCCGAACCGGGCGCUUAACCCGGGUCUGGUUUAUGACUUGUCCCGACAUGACUACCUGAAUCUUAUAUGCUCCAUGGAUCUCAACUCGACGCAGAUCAAGACAAAUCGUCAAAUCGAAUUAUAG